UUGACUCCUGAGAUCUCAGACUUCCAUCCAAACAAAGAUGGUGGCUCCCUGAUCGUCCAUGUGGCUCCAACGUCAGAAAAAACUGCUUCAAAACGUCAAAAUAUAUUAUUAAAUUAAGUCGAAACAAACUGUAGAAUCUUCGGUAAAGCUCUGAGAGGAUUUAAAGAUGCAACACGACGACGUGAUCUGGGACAUCAUCGGGAACAAACAGUUCUGUUCCUUCAAAGUAAAGACCAAGAGUCAGAACUUCUGUCGGAAUGAGUUCAACAUCACCGGUUUGUGUAACCGCUCCUCCUGUCCUCUGGCCAACAGUCAGUACGCCACCAUCAGGGAGGAGAAAGGCCAGUGUUUUCUCUACAUGAAAGUGAUUGAGAGAGCAGCGUUUCCUGCUAAGAUGUGGGAGAAGGUGAAGCUCAGUAAGAAUUAUGAGAAAGCCCUGGAACAGAUCGAUGAGAACCUCAUCUACUGGCCUCGAUUCAUCCGACACAAAUGUAAACAACGGUUCACUAAAAUCACCCAGUACCUGAUCCGCAUGAGGAAACUGGUGCUGAAGAGACAGAGGAAGCUGGUUCCUCUCAGCAGGAAGGUGGAGAGCAGAGAGAAGAGGAAAGAGGAGAAAGCUCUGAUCGCCGCCCAGCUGGACAACGCCAUCGAGAAGGAGCUCCUGGAGCGUCUCAAACAGGGAACGUACGGAGACAUCUACAACUUCCCGGUCCACGCCUUCGACAGAGCUCUGGACCAGCAGGACCAGGAGUCAGAGUCCGAGGAGGAGGAGGAGGAAGAGGAGGAGGACGAUGAGGAUGUUGGGCAGAGGGAGUUCGUAGCAGAAGAAGAAGUGGAGGAAAGUGACCUGAGUGACUUCGAGGACAUGAACAAGCUGAAGACAAGCAGCGACGAGGAGGAGGAGGAGGAGUCCGAUGAGGAGGAGGAAGAAGAGGAGAUGGAGGUGCAGACGAAGGCCUCCGGCUCCAAAGGAAAGUCUCCAGCCAACGGCUCGGCAGCGAGGAAGAAGCGAGCGUACGUGGAGAUCGAGUACGAGACGGAGCCGGUGGCUAAGAGCCGAGCCACGUCGUGACCCCCCGCUGUCAAUCAAGGCUGGGACUGCUGAGGACACGCCCCCUCCGUUACCACGGCAACGGGCUGGGGGUCGGUCCAAUAAACUUUUUUUUUAUAUUAUUUCAUGAGCUGGGUUCACUCACCGGAACGUCUCUGAUCAAUUAUCCUGCAGCUGUUCUCCAAUAACAGCGUUGUAGAAUCUGAAACGUUUUCCAGCAGAAAACAAACAUUUGCUCCUUUAAAAGAAGAAAACCCUCCAGACAGACGUCACGGUGGACCUCACCUGGAAGCAGCUUCCUGUCGGACCUUCAACACAAAGUCGUAGAUGAACACGUUCUAUAUCACUGAACUCUGAAUGUUUAUAUGUUCUAAAUAAAGGUAAAACAUAAAAAUCUA